AUGAACAGGGACCACGAAAGGGACCGAGAUCGAGGAGAGCGAAGGUUCGUCAAAGCAAAAGCGGCGCAUGAGCGCAAGGGAGCAAAUAAACUUCCUCCGACAUGCAACAUAGAGUUCUCAAAUACGUAUCGUCCUCGUUCGCCUGGCCCUCGUCCUCGCUCUCCGCGCGGUGACAGCUACCGUGCUGGCCGCUCCCCUCCACGCCGCGGUCUGGCUUCUGCUGAUACUUAUACUCCUGGAAGUCGCUCGUCCCGUCCGCGAAGUCGAUCACCUGCCUUCCGGAGAAGGUCGCGAAGCCCGCGUCGUGACGAUAACUGGAGGGCACGUCCACGCUCGCCGCCCCGUCGCAUAUAUUCACCGAGACGUGAUGAGCCUCGACGAGACGAUACGUAUAGAGGCGAUAGAGCAAGGUCGCCGCGACGGGAUGGAUAUGAUUCGUAUGCCCGAUCUCCUCGCCCACGCGACAGGUCUCCGCCGCCUAGAGAGCGCGAACCUUCGCCAGCUAAGAGCCGCGGAGUUCGCUCGCCUGUACGGGCUAGUCGGUAUGAGGAACCGCGCUCGCGGGUCACUAGCCCUCCCCGCCGCUACUCACCCGCACGAGACACACGCGAUUACCGACGCCGUUCCCCCUCUCCGCGACGCGACCGUCCAGACCCUCAGACCGCAGACACCUGGAGGCGUAGAUCUCCAUCCCCAGCUAGACCUACAUAUGCAUCCAAUGAUGCCUCGGGCAGGGAAUCUGCUGCCACCUCGCGUCGUUCAUCUCCACCACCCAUCCAUCCUAGUAGGGCGGCCCUUGUAGUGGAACGGCCAACCAGAGAACCUGCAUUAGCACCUAGAUCCCCAGUCCGUGAACGUGACCAGGACAGAGGCCGAGACUUCAAUCGUGAACGGGAGCGAUCACCCCCACGUCGCCGUGAUAGCCCUCCAACUGGACCGCGUGGAGACAGAGAGCGCGACUUUGCUCCCCCAACUGGACCGGCAUCUUCCUACCGCAAUGGUGACAGCAACUUCUCUAGGGCUCCCCCAACAGGUCCCUCGAGUCGCAGCUAUCCCUCCCCUGCCGUUUCGCCUCCAGCAGGCCCCAGUUCGACUGCGCCGCCCACUUAUCCGCGGGGAAGCAACCCUGUCUUAGCAGCGCCUACGCGACCACGAGGUGGUGGUCGAGGUUUUGGCUCGUACGACUCACCGCGUGACUUAUCCGGCCCAGCACGACGCGGAUCCUGGGGUGCAGCACCUCGAGGAGGUGGCUACUUUGGUGGUGCACCAUCCGGCCCUCGCGGCUCUGGCAGUGGCCCAGCACCAUUUGCGGCGACGUUCCGUGGCUCUAGUAACUCUACGGCCACAACCUAUCCACGUACUAUGCGCUUCCGCGAUCAUCUUUCCGACUUGCCAAAAGAGAUUCCCGGUGGGCAGAAAGCUCCUGAGCUGUACGAUAAGAGCAAGAUAUUGAAGUUGGAGGAAGAGGCAAGGAAAUUGAGGGAGAUGAUUGAUAAGAAGGAGGACGCGAAGAGACAAAAAUUGAGGGAAUGGGGUAGUUUGGAGCGAGAUGCGGAAACGGCUCAAUUAAGGGUAGAUCUUGCAGAAGGGUCGCUGAGAAGCUUGAAUGGGGAGGGUGAUGUCAGCGGGGCAUUCUAA